CCACAGAUGCUGCUUGUAUGCACAGUGGAAGAGGAUCUCCUAGUUUUAUAUGUUAUCAAACAAAUAAGGUGCAGCCAGAAAUGGAUCCAAGUUAUGACCAAGAAAAACCAGGACAAUCCGAACCUUCAAGUAACGUGGAACCGCAGCCUGAAAACCAAGGAGUAGACUGCUUUGGAUUUAUUUUGAUCUUCUUUUCUUUUUUGAUGGUCCUAAUCACCUUUCCCAUUUCAAUUUGGUCCUGCAUAAAGAUUGUACAGGAAUAUGAAAGAGCGGUCAUUUUUCGCUUGGGGAGAGUUAGAUCUGGAGCAAAAGGACCAGGAAUAUUCUGGAUUCUGCCGUGCACUGACGAUUUCUGCCGAAUUGACUUGAGAACCGUCUCCUUCGCUGUUCCUCCACAAGAAGUUCUAACAAAAGACUCUGUAACUAUCAUGGUUGAUGCUGUUGUGUUCUACCGUAUCUUUAAUCCGAUCAUCACCGUGGUCAAAGUGGAUGAUGCUAAUAAAGCCACACAAAUGCUGGCUCAGACCACACUGAGAAACAUGCUGGGUACCAAAAGCCUAACUGAAAUCCUUGUAGAUCGCGAAGAGAUGGCCGAACAAAUGGGCAAAAUUUUAUAUGAUGCAACCAAAGAUUGGGGUAUUAAGGUGGAACGUGUGGAGAUUAAAGACGUUAAGUUACCAGGGUCUCUGCAAAGAGCAAUGGCUGCUGAAGCUGAAGCCGCUCGAGAAGCCAGAGCGAAGGUUGUUGCUGCAGAAGGAGAAAUGAAUGCCUCGCGGGCGUUGAGAGAAGCCGCUGUGAUUAUGUCUGACACUCCAGCAGCUCUCCAGCUACGCUAUUUGCAGACCCUCUCUCAUAUUUCAACAGAACAAAAUUCAACCAUCAUUUUCCCAAUACCUAUUGAGUUCUUUUCAUUAUUUUCCCGUAAUUAG